AUGGACACUACAGGCUCGCCGGCACCGGUUACAAUCCACUCACUUCUUGAACAACUUCAAGAAGCUCUGGUACUUGAAGUAAAGUACCAGCCUAAUUUACAACUUCCAGCUAUAACUAAAAAUGAUGAGGUAAUAAUUGCUGAGAGAAAUGGCUCGGCACACGUUUUAAGAUGCCUUAAAGUCUGGUAUGAUCUGCCAUCGGAUGUAUUCUUCAUUGCGAUGAACUUGAUGGACCGUUUCCUCACUAAAAUGAAAGCUCAACCAAAGCACAUGCCCUGCAUCAGGGUAUCAUCAUUCUACAUAGCUGCCGUCCAAAUGUCACAAACAAUCGAUAUGGAUCAUCUUGUCUCUAUUUCUCAGUUCAAAUUCACUCGAGGCGAUCUUAAACGUAUGUCGGAUUUGAUCAGUAAUAAAUUGGAGUGGGCACCAGGAACUACGCCUAUCACAGCUCUCACUUUCCUACGUCUCUUUCACGUCAUGUUCCAUGCAGCUGCAUCACAGCUAGGACUUGGUGAACUCUACGCCAGCAUUGUUAAGGAGUCUGAACUUGUUCUAAGACUUGAAAUGGUUGCUUGUAACGUUGAAUGUGCUAACUUAAGACCCUCUGAGGUAGCUCUAGUGCUUCUUUGCACGUACCUGGAUUCAGCAGUCAACCGUUUGAAAUCUAAUACCGAAGCGACUAUGCUGCCAGUUGCUGGACCAAGCUCUGCACCUGUUGAUUUUUCUCAGACACCUGCUCAUCAAAUCUUACGACUUGUUGAGUUUGCUACUGAACUUCAAAAAAUAUGCCGGAUUUCAGAGGCAAGCUUCGCUUCUACACUUGAACGAGUUGGGGCAAUAAUGAGCAAAUACAACGCACAAGAACAAAUACCUUACAGACAAAGAUUUGUUUGGCGAUUGUCAUCAAGAACUGCCAGACUCUUACGUCCAACCGAUAAAUUCAUUUCAAACCUCCCGGCUAUCGCUGAAAACGCUCCAAUUCCAUCUCCAAGUCGAAUCAGAUCGGGAUACAGACUCAACAGGCGCCAUGACAUGAAGAGACGUUAA